AUGUUUCGUGCUGGUUCUUGCGGUGGGGCAUCCUUUGCCAUGCUCCUCUUAAAACAACAGAAACAACAAUUUCAACAACAACAAGAGCAGCAAGAGCAACAACAACAAAAGGGAAAAAAAGAGUCGUGGGAGUUCACUCCAACACCUGAACAUAAAAGUCUUGUACUCCUUCUCUAUCGUAAUAUUCUUAAAGGUCUUAUGGAUUUUAAAAGCAUUAGACGACGUAGUAUGAUUGCUUAUUGUCGUUUUGCCUUUCGUCGUCGUGCCCUCGCCACGGAGAAACUCUUAAUUGAUGAAUGUAUUGAAGAGGCCCGUCGUGCUAUUUAUGUAUUAGAGAAACAUCACAACUUUACUCGCACCCGCAGUUAUGAGUUUGAUAGUAUGGGGAUUCCCAAAGACACUGGCCAGGAUGUGCAGACGUACAUGGAAGAAGUGUAUGACCCGGAGCUCAGUCGACAGCAGUUUCAACACUUUCAAGAUGUACAGCCGGGCCGUGAGUAUUUACAUCAACAGCGGGGUUUAGGCCCUACAAGUGGACAACAUCACUGGUGGGAUGGAAAGGAUGAACAGAAGAGUUCAACGGGAUAUAAAGUGGAGAUUCGAGAGGAGGAUAAAGUACUGCGGCCACCACCCCCACCAUCCAUGUUGGAUUAA